UUAACGUGGCCAUUCGUCAAGUUGCUCGUUCAGUCUGACGUGGAAUUUUGGAAAAUAUUGCAGAAAAUCAGUGAAAAUUCACCUCAAAUACCCCCCAAAUUGCUUGUGAAAUGUUCUAGAAAACACCUGUGAUCCCCACGCAAUCGUAGCAGUGCGAAAAGUUGUGGAAACGCAUGUGAAAACACAAGAAAAUCCCUCAUCGUGGAAGUGAAAGUGCUGCCUGUGAGGAAGAUUACCAGACAAGUGUCCUGAAUCACGUCUUUUUCUCUUCAUUCUCCUGCUCUUUUCUCCAAAGGAAGAUAAAAAAUAAGCAAAGUCCACGAAAAGAAUGAAUCCGCAGCAAAUGAUGAGGGGGCCUCAGCCUCCAAUGCCACAACCAAGUUGGCAAAAUCCUCCGGGUCCACAGAAUCCGGGGAUGUUCAAUGGAAAUAGUCAAUUAAAUCAACUUCCAGGUCAAAUGUCCGGCAUGAAUUUAGGUCCACCACCAACGGGACAAAUACCCACAAGUUCCCCUGGGCAAAUCCCCACGGGAGCUCCCGGACAAAUGCCAAUGGGGCCACCACCAACGCAAUUUGCCCCACCACCAACAAGUGGGCCACCUAUAUCGCAACCGCAGACUUUUGCAAAGGUAGGGCAGCCUCCGACUACACAGCAGCCCUUCCAGAAUGGCCCUCCGGUCAGUCAUCUCAAUGCUGUCAACAAUAACAUGCCGCAGGCACCGGUUGCGAGUCAAGCAAAUGGAUUCCCAGCACCACCAACGCAAUUUAAACCUCAAAUGCCACCAAGCUCCUUUGGGGCACCUCCUGGUGGACCAGGGCAAAUGCCACCGGCAGCUAGACCACCCACACAGAUGGCUCCACCACAGGGAAAUCCAAUGGGGACGCAAAUGCCACCUCAAAUGGCAAAUCAGGCGCCUCAGAUGUCCAAUCAGGUACCACUGAUGCCCCAAGGGCCUCCUAUGGCAAAUCAGGGGCCUCCAAUGUCUCAUCAGGGGCCCCCAAUGCCAAAUCAGGGGCCCCCAAUGGCUAAUCAAGGGCCUCCAAUGCAAAAUCAGGGGCCUCUAAUGGCAAAUCAGGGACCCCCGGGGCCACAAAUGCUAAAUCAAAUGCCCCAGAUGGCAAAUCCGAUGCCCCCAAUGCCGAAUCAACCACCACAGCAAUAUCCAGGCUAUCAGCCAUCAUUCCAGGGAGCUCCGCAGCAACAGCAGCAGUAUCCCCAGCAACCGAUGCCACCGGGUGGACAGCGAUUCCCUCCGACUCCCGGCUAUCCAGGUGCCCCAACAAUGCCACAAGCACAGCAGCAGCAGCAGCGACGUCUCGAUCCGGAUCAAAUGCCAAAUCCCAUUCAGGUGAUGAGUGAGAAUCAGCGUCAGUGUCAGGGACCCUUUGUGACGAAUCAACCGGGCCUGGUGCCACCACUCGUCACCACGAAGUUCGUUACGCACGAUCAGGGUAACAGUGGGCCACGUUUUGUGCGCUCCACGAUGUACAGUGUACCCGCAACGGCGGAUAUUAUGAAGCAAACGGCCGUGCCCUUUGCCCUGAUUAUCUCACCAUUCGCGAAGACAAUUGAGGGUGAGUUGACGCCUCCAAUUGUGGACUUUGGCGAAGUGGGGCCCAUUCGGUGUAUUCGGUGCAAGGCCUACAUGUGCCCCAAUAUGCAAUUUAUCGACGGUGGAAGGCGCUUCCAGUGUCUCCUGUGCAAAGCAACCACAGAGGUACCCCCGGAGUACUUUCAGCACUUGGAUCACACAGGGCAGCGUAUGGAUAAGUACGAGAGGCCAGAAUUAGUGCUGGGAACUUAUGAAUUUGUCGCUACGAAGGAUUACUGCCGCAAUAACAUACCCCCAAAGCCACCAGCAAUCAUCUUUGUUAUUGAUGUUUCAUACAAUAACGUCAAGUCGGGUCUGGUGAAUCUUCUUUGCGCCGAAAUGCGAAGUAUCUUGAAGAAUUUGGCCAAGGACCAAGGGCACGAUCGUAGCUAUAUGAAAGUUGGUUUCAUCACAUACAACAACACCGUGCACUUUUACAAUUGCAAAGCCUCCCUGGCACAGCCACAGAUGAUGAUUGUGGGGGAUGUGCAGGAGAUGUUUAUGCCACUCCUCGAUGGGUUUCUGUGUGACGUUGAGGAAUCCGGAGCUGUUAUUGAUGCACUCAUGGAGCAAAUUCCAGCAAUGUUUGCGGAUACGCGUGAAACGGAAACAAUCCUUCAGCCGGCAAUUCAAGCUGGUUUGGAGGCGUUGCGGGCUUCAGAGUGCGCCGGGAAGCUCCUGGUGUUCCAUUCAUCGCUCCCAAUUGCCGAAGCACCGGGAAAGUUGAAGAAUCGUGACGACAGGAAGCUGUUGGGGACGGAAAAGGAGAAAACAGUGUUGACGCCACAGACGACGUCUUACAACAAUUUGGGGCAGGAAUGUGUGCAAAUUGGAUGUUCAGUGGAUUUGUUCAUCUUCAAUAAUUCCUACAUUGAUUUGGCCACAAUUGGGCAGGUGGCACGACUCACUGGGGGUCAGGUGAAUAAGUACACAUACUUCCAGGCGGACAUUGAUGGGGAACGACUCAUUCAGGAUAUUUCGAAGAAUAUCUCACGUCCGAUUGCCUUUGAUUCCGUAAUGCGUGUUCGGAGCUCAACGGGUAUUCGUCCAACGGACUUUUACGGGCACUUCUUCAUGUCAAAUACAACAGAUAUGGAAAUUGCCAGCAUCGAUUCGGACAAGGCGGUGGCAAUUGAGAUAAAGCACGAUGAUAAAUUACCUCCGGAGGAGAAUGUCUACAUCCAAGUUGCUCUCCUGUAUACCUCAUGCAGUGGCCAGAGACGUCUACGUGUGAUGAAUCUGUGCCUGAAGACGUGCACACAGAUUGCAGACCUGUACCGUAGCUGCGAUCUCGAUGCAACAAUUCUCUUCUUCGCCAAGCAGGGUAUGGCGAAAUUGCUCGAGAACACCCCGAAGCUCGUCAAGGAUAACCUCGUGAAUCGCUGUGCGCAAAUCCUUGCGUGCUACAGGAAGAAUUGCGCUUCACCCGCAUCUGCGGGACAACUUAUUCUGCCCGAAAGCAUGAAACUCCUCCCACUGUAUACGUCGUGCCUCCUGAAGAAUGACGCCUUCUCCGGUGGCUCCGACAUGACGGUGGAUGAUCGAUCAUUUGUCAUGCAACUCGUCUCCACAAUGGAUCUACCCACAUCCGUGUCCUACUUCUAUCCACGUCUCAUUCCAAUUCACGACAUCGAUCCCAAUGGCACGGAUAUCCCUGAUUCAAUUAGAUGCACAGCUGAGAAGAUUAUGGAGGAUGGGGCAUAUAUUCUUGAGAAUGGAGUGUACAUGUUCUUAUGGCUGGGAAUGGGAUUGAGCCCAGAAUUCACACAGGGUGUAUUUGGGGUUGCAUCUGUGCAGCAAAUUGACGCCGAGCGUUCUAAUUUGCCCACAUUGGAUCAUCCAUUGUCGCAACGUGUAAGGAAUAUCGUGGAAACUCUUCAGGCCAAUAAGCAGCGCAAUAUGAGAAUCACAAUAAUCCGGCAGAGGGAUAAGCUGGAGAGUGUAAUGAGGCACUUCCUGGUGGAAGAUCGCGGUACUGAUGGGACAGCGAGCUACGUGGACUUCCUCUGUCAUUUACACAAGGAAAUCCGCACGUUACUCAGCUAGCCGCUCAUUGUAAAGGGAUUCACAUACUUUCCAGACCACGAACAGGUUGGCAGUAAGACGUGUAGGAGUGAGUAUGAGGAGAGUCGAAGUUUUUCCCAGAAUCGGACGAGACAAAUGCGCUACAGGCGUGCUCUGUUUGGUGGCAGAUGGUAAAUGAAAAAAAAAACUAUAGAAUCUAUAAAAAAAAAUAUCUUCAAAAAAUAUUCAUAGAUUUAAAAAAAAAGAAAACAUAAUAUUAAAAAAAAUCCACACACAUAGGAAAAAGUACUAAACUUACCAUUUUAAUAUAAAAAAAAAUAUAUGUGAGAGGAAAACCGACAUAAAAAACAAUAGUAUUGAAAAUAAAUUAAAAAAAAAAGAAUGAAA